CCACUUACCCCCCUCUUCCCCCCUAUAAAACAGCGUUUAAAUCCUCAAAAUAUUCAUUUCUUCGAUAAAUUUUCAUCUCUGUUUUGUUCCAAGCUCUGGGUUAUGGCUUCCCAGGCUUUUUAUCUUCUUGUUUCAAUCAUUGUUCUCUUAUCCGCCAUUGUUGUCUCAGGUUCGGGUUCGGUCGGGAUUAACUACGGUCGUGUAGCAAACAACUUACCGUCACCGGAAAAAGUCGUGGAACUAUUGAAAUCACAGGGAAUAAACAAAGUGAAGCUUUACGAUACCGGCGCGACGGUUUUGACGGCGUUAGCGGAUUCCGGUAUAACCGUGGUCGUCGCACUUCCUAAUGAACUACUUUCAUCCACCGCCGCUGAUCAGUCGUUUGCCGACAACUGGGUUGAAGCAAACAUAACAAAGUUUUAUCCAAAGACAAAAAUCGAAGCCAUAGCUGUCGGUAACGAAGUGUUUGUCGAUCCGGCCAACACGACCAAAUACCUCGUACCGGCGAUGAAGAACAUCCACGCUUCGUUAGUUAAAUCCAAGCUUGAUUCCGCCAUUAAAAUCUCUUCUCCAAUAGCUUUCAGUGCUUUGAAAACCUCGUACCCUUCAUCGGCCGGUUCGUUUAAGCCGGAAUUGAUUGAACCGGUUAUUAAACCCAUGUUGGAUUUUUUGAAACAAACCGGGUCUUACUUAAUGGUUAAUGCGUACCCGUUUUUUGCUUAUACGGCUAAUUCGGAUCAAAUCUCACUUGAUUAUGCUUUGUUUAAGGAAAACCCGGGUGUAGUGGAUUCGGGUAACGGGUUGAAAUAUUCUAGCCUUUUCGAAGCUCAAAUCGACGCCGUUUUUGCAGCUAUGUCGGCUAUUCAAUACGACGACGUAAAGAUGAUUGUGACCGAAACGGGUUGGCCUUCAAUGGGAGAUCAAGACGAAAAAGGUGCUAGUGAAUCCAAUGCGGCGUCGUAUAAUGGUAAUUUAGUACGGAAAGUAUUGACUGGUAAUGGGACCCCUUUAAGACCUCAAGAUCCACUUAACGUUUAUUUAUUUGCUUUAUUUAAUGAGAAUCAAAAACCCGGUCCAACUUCCGAAAGGAAUUACGGUUUAUUUUACCCUAAUGAACAAAAGGUAUAUACCAUACCAUUAACCAAAGAGGAGGUGAAAACCGGUGAGUCAACGCCGGUCAACACCAACACGAGUCCGGCUCCUGUAGCCGGAGAAGUAUCGAAGGCAAAAGUAGGUCAGACGUGGUGCGUUGCGAACGAGAAAGCCGAUGAGAAGAAGUUACAAGCGGCGUUGGAUUAUGCUUGCGGAGAGGGUGAGGCUGAUUGUAGCCCUAUUCAACCUGGCGCGACGUGCUAUAACCCGAACACACUCGAAGCACAUGCUUCAUACGCUUUCAAUAGUUAUUAUCAGAAGAACACACGUGCGACUGGCACAUGCGAAUUCGAUGGUGCGGCUUAUGUGGUCACCCAACGUCCUACAUAUGGGAAUUGUGAGUUUCCAACAGGGCAUUGAAGUGGAAAAACAAAGGGGAAAAGAUUUGAAAUUUUUUUGCAAAUUUUCUUCUUUGUAUCUAAUAUUAAUUAAUUAUUAAUUUAUUAUUAUAUAGAAGGGAUAGGUGGAGUCGUUAUUAGUAGAUUGUUGAUUUUACCUUAUAAUUUGUCUGUCCUGUUUGUAUAUUUGUUACAAUAUUCAUAUGGGGAAGACAACUUUUUAUUA